CGUCUCGCGAGUAGUUCGGUUUUAGUUAUUUGUGAAUAAUUUCUAUAUUGUGAGUAAAAACAAUGCAAAUGCAGGACCAAAUCUACCUGAUUCUCAUCGUCUGUGGGAGUUUUACAUUCAUCUUCUUCAUUUCCAUCCUCGUCAUUUGCUGUCUCAUGUGUUACUUCAAGAAGGAGAUACGCGAUCUGCAACGAGUGAAUCGUGAGAGAUAUGCUUAUAAUAAUCCAACGAUACAACCGGGUGAGGAACUGAGUGAUCGUGGUUUUCGGAUGAUUCAUUCGCCGAUGCGGUUAGAAAGACAAAAUGACGGCAGAUAUGGCUCGUCAGAUGAAUCUCAAAUGACACGACGAAGCCAAAAUAAUCCAUCAACGUAUCACAGCAGAAAUGGAGUCGAUUCAAGACUUGAUUCAAGAAGAGAUUUCAGAGAGUAUCAAAGAGCUGUCAAAAAUGAGAAACCUCGAACGAAAAAAAGUCUCGAACGAAGAACGACUGAUAGUGUCGCUAUUGUUAGUGAAUAUUAAGCUUUAAAAAAUUUAUUAAAAAAUAUUUUUAAAAAAAUUAAUAAAUAAAAUUUAAAGAUUUUUUUAUUUAAUGAA